UGACAGAAAAGCCCAAAUAUCUUCAUGCAUAAAUAUUUCAAUAUGAGAAAGCAGAUGAGAUCAGGAAAACAACUUAAAUUUGGGUCUGUUCCUCUCUAUCAAAUGACUUUUUUGGGGGGGAUCUUGAUAGCAUCCGUCCCCAUUCGUUUAUUAAAUGGAACAAUACAGCAUGGACAUUCAUCCAAACAUCUGAUUUUGUGUUGCAUGGAGAAAAGAAAGUCAAAUGCAUUCAGAACGACAUGAGGGUUAGUAAGUAUUGACAGAAUUUUUGGGUGAGCCUUUGAGGUGGUCAGACUGGUUUUUGCAACAUUGUAGCUGUUUUUUGAAGGUCUACUAGGUCUAACCAAAAUGAGCAAGAUGGUCUACCUCUAGCAGAUCAAAAACUGGCUAGCGGUUUAGCUGAUCUAGACCAGCUUGAACCAACUAAUGACCAUAAACGACCAGAUUCAAGUAACCAAGAAAAACCAGCUUGGGAUUUGUCUUCGAUGUGAAAGCCAGCACUUCUACCAUAUAUUCUCCUGCUCACACUUCUGAUCCUUCCAUGUGUCUGAUAAGAGUCAGCAGAUAUACUGAAAAAUGCCAUGCAAACCCACUUUCUCCUCUUAAACCUUAUGAAUUCGUUAUGAACCCUCAGGAAGUGACUUCAUAAGCCAGCCUGAAUGAAAAUAACCAAUCAGCCUUGUGAAGAAAAGAUCAUGUUCUGUUCUGUAUGACAGAAGAUGUUUAACUCAAACUGUACUGUAUGUCAUUUAUCUGCAGAGUCAUUGGAGAAGUUGCUGCAUUUAAUUAAUCAGUCCUGAUUGAACGGGUUCUCUGUUAAUUCUUCAGGACCGAGAUAUUUUGGCUCAUAUCAGUGUAGAUCACCCAAGGAAGCUCCUCCUGAGGGUGUAAUCUGAAGCCGCUGUUGUAUCGCAUACAUUGCAAGUCAUUGCAGUCCUCGACCCGCGUUUCGCGCGUGUUCAUCAUGUUUUGACGCAUGGCGUUUUCAGCUCGUCUUGAAAUGUCGCAAUGCUUGAGGAUAAGAAACCGCUAGCGCACGGGGUUCUUGGAAGUACCUUGGAAGUCAGUGUUUGCGAAAGCUUCCUGGUUCUCGUGUGAAACCGCUGUUUGACACCAUCUGCGAAACGCGAGCUGUCGGGACGCGACGCGAGGGGGUUUGUUUCGCUAACAGCUCCUUUUUUGGACGCACGCAGAACGCGUCUUCCGCCCGUGCGGGCUUUCAUCGAGCCGAUGUGUCUCCGUGGGUGACCGUGCGUGGAUAUUAUCAUGUGGCAGAGCGCAUGCCGCUCGGGCUGGACUCGGGCGCGAUGUCAGGACAGCGGGGUCGAUCCCGAACGCGAGCGGCUCUGGGCCGAGCUCUUCGAGCAGCUGGAUCUGAACAAGAACGGACUGAUCGAUGUCAACGAGCUGCGGAUCGGACUCGCCGCCCGGGGGCUGUCGUGGAGCUCGGUGGAGGAGCAGAUUGUACGAGCUGGAGAUGUUAAUCACGAUGGUCAGCUGGAUUUUGAAGAGUUCACCGAGUAUCUGCGUUCACAUGAGAAACGCCUUAAACUCAUGUUUCGUAGCUUGGACCGCAACAAUGACGGUCAGUUGGACGUCGGGGAGAUCCAGCAGUCGUUACACAAUCUCGGCGUGGACGUCACGUUGGAACAGGCUGCCAAAAUACUGCAAAGUAUGGAUAAAGACCAUUCCAUGACCAUCGACUGGUUCGAGUGGCGAGAUCACUUCCUGUUUAACCCUCUGCACAACAUGGAGGAAAUCGCUCAGUACUGGAAACACUCGGUGAUGUUGGACAUCGGGGAGCUUCUGACGGUCCCAGACGAGUUCUCAGAGAAGGAGAAGCAGUCAGGGUUCGUGUGGCGGCAGCUGAUGGCAGGAGCCGUGGCGGGAUCGGUGUCCAGGACAGGAACCGCGCCGCUCGACAGACUCAAGGUCUUUCUGCAGGUGCACGGCCAGAGCUCUGAUAAGGGGAACGUGUGGCGCGGUCUGCAUGCGAUGGUGAAGGAGGGCGGCCUCACUGCGCUGUGGAGGGGGAACGGCAUCAACGUGCUGAAGAUCGCUCCAGAAACAGCCAUCAAAUUCCUGGCCUAUGAACAGAUUAAGUGCUUGAUGAGAGGCAGUAAAGAGGCAGGAACUCUGAAAGUUCAGGAGAGAUUCGUCGCUGGAUCUCUGGCUGGAGCGACGGCUCAAACUGUCAUAUAUCCUAUGGAGGUGCUGAAGACUCGUCUUACUCUUCGUAAAACAGGCCAGUAUUCGAGUGUGGCGGACUGCGCUAAGCAGAUCCUGCAGAAGGAGGGCAUUCUGGCGUUUUAUAAAGGAUACCUGCCCAACAUGCUGGGCAUCGUCCCGUAUGCGGGCAUAGACCUCGCCGUCUAUGAGACGCUGAAGAACGCCUGGCUGCAGCGGCACACGGAGGGAUCGCCCCACCCGGGCGUCCUGGUGCUGGUGGGCUGCGGCACGGUGUCCAGCACCUGUGGACAGCUGGCGUCCUACCCGCUCGCCCUCAUCCGAACACGCAUGCAGGCGCAGGCGUCAGUGAAAGGAGCUCCUCAGUUGUCCAUGUUGACCCUCUUCAGGAGCAUCGUGGCCCAGGAGGGUGUGGUGGGACUCUAUCGAGGCAUCGCACCCAACUUCCUCAAGGUCAUCCCGGCGGUCAGCAUCUCCUACGUCGUCUACGAGCACAUGAGGGCCCUGAUAUUCAGAUAUACAGGGUGAAGAAAAGUAUCGGAGAGUGCAAGGCAGAAGUUGCCACAGCAUUUUUUUAAGUGUUCUGUGUGUGAUUUUUAGCUAGAUGCUAAUGCUAACAAGUGGUAUUGAUAAACAAUUAAUGACCCAACACUGGCAUACUACAAACUCAGAAGUACUUUUACUGUGUACUUUCAGUGUGCAGUGUAGGUAUCUGAAUUGGGAAGCAGCCUUGGAGUUCAGUUUAUAUGCUGUCAUCCUCAAUGCAUGAGGUACUGUAGCCUGCGGUUUGGAGCAGAAAGCCUUAUGGACUCACGGAUGGGAGAAAGAGUGUUUGGUUUGUGAUUUUUGACUCGUAUAACAAAGCAAAAAAAAAACUUUUUGAUUGAGUCACUUCUAGGUCAAUGUGCUCUGUAUUUUAUCACUGACUGAGGUGAAAUUCAGAUAGACUGUUUGUAUGUGUUACAAUAAAAUAAAGAUUCCAAUACGGAAUCUGCUCCCACAGGUUUCCAUAGAAUUCAAACAUCAUUUGUUCACUAAAUUCUACAGCAGCUCAAGUCUCAAAAUUGGAUUUUUGUUUUUAGGUUGUCCAUUAGCACAUCCAUAUGCUACUGCACUACUAAAUGUUCACAACACAAACUUUUAGCAGAUAUAUAUAUUUAAAUGUUCCAGUCUUUCUCUUCUGGGAAAACAGACCAAAAAUGUUGAUGACAUCAUCCUGCACUCACAGGAGUGUAUCCAAUCAAGUGCUCUCUAGAAUGAGAAAGCCCCUCCCCCUGAUUCAGCUGUGACAAACUAAAGACAGCUAUUUAACAAAACAAAUAGUAAUUUACUAAAAUAAUUAUGCUUUCAGCUUCCAAUAAAAGCUAGUUUAACAUAUUUACCAAGUUUACAUCCAUUCUGCAAAACUUCCCCACAAUUAGUGUGGAAAUUGUGAUUUAUUAAUUUUUUUUAGCAGAUUUAGUUUGUGGCUCCUAAUUUCCAGUGGUUUUGUACGCAGACAUUAUUAUUGGUCUUAUUUUGAUGUUAACAAAAAUAAUUAUAAUUUCUGAUCAUUAUAUAUUUUUGCUGUUCUUCCGUGUAUUACUGAAUGCAUGCAAAAGAAUGUAUGUAAAUUAAAUUAAACGGUACAGAUUC